AGACCAGGGGAGUCUGGCAGAGUUCCUGCUCCUCCCAGGCUGAUAUCAAAGGGCAGCAGGAGCUGUGACAGAAGGCAAAUAUUCAGACCAGAGCCAGAUGAGGCACUGAAACAACAAGAGGAAAAGCAAGAGCAACAGAAGAUGCUCCUGGAUGAAAAAACAAUUCAUCAGGUUAAUUCUGGUUUGCCUGGAGGAAGUGAGAAGGCAACCAAGAGCAAACUAAUGGCAGAGGAGGGUAGCCAUCCUGCAGGAUGCCCGAUUUUUCCCCCUUGGUGGGCAUAAACAACACCCACAUGGCCUCUGCUUGGUGAAGAUCACACAGAAGAAAUGGCUUUCUUUUCCUAGAGGAAGAAUUUUCAUCUGGGUUAUUUACUGGAACCUCCUUCUGUUAACUGUUUGGAGCGCUGAGGGGCCGAUGGGAUGGCCAGCCUCCAGACCGACAUGGAAAUGCUCUAUCCCGAGACAGUUGUACACGUGGGCAGGGUGACUUUUGGAGAAGAGAACAGGAAGAAGAUGACCAAUGGCUAUCUGAAAAGAACUGAGAAUAAGAAAAUCAUCCAGGCCACGUGUGCCCUGUUAAAUUCUGGAGGGGGUAUGAUCAAAGCGGAGAUUGAUGAUAAAACCUACAGUUACCAAUGCCACGGGCUGGGACAGGAUCUGGAAACUUCUUUCCAAAAGCUCCUUCCUUCCGGUUCACAAAAAUACCUUGACUAUAUGCAACAGGGGCACAAUCUCUUGAUUUUUGUGAAGUCCUGGAGCCCAGAUGUUUUCAGCCUCCCCCUCCGGAUUUGCAGCUUGCGCUCCAAUCUCUACCAGAGAGCUGUGACCUCCACAGUCAACCUGAAUGCGGUCAGUUCCCUGGAGCUCCUCAGAGAGAAGCAGUCUAGAGCCCAAAGAGGGAGACCACAGGUGAAGGAGCUCAGUUCUCAGAAAGUUCCCAACAGAGACAUUCAGGAAGAGGAAGACAUGAGGACAUCUGCCUCAGAGUUGUUUCAAAAGGACAAACUCAUGUAUAAGGAGAAACUCAAUUUUACUGAGUCAACCCAUGUGGAGUUUAAAAGGUUCACCACCAAAAAGAUCAUUCCCCGGAUUAAAGAAAUGCUGCCUCAUUAUAUUUCUGCAUUUGCCAACACCCUCGGGGGAUACCUCAUUUUUGGGGUAGAUGAUAAGAGCAAAGAAGUAUUUGGAUGUAAGAAAGAAAAAGUGAACCCUGACUUACUAAAAAAAGAAAUAGAGAACUGUGUAGAAAAGUUGCCAACGUUCCACUUCUGCCGUGAGAAGCCACAGGUGCAUUUCACUACCAAAAUCUUGAAUGUGUACCAGAAAGACGUCCUGUACGGCUACGUCUGUGCGAUUCAAAUAGAGGCCUUCUGCUGUGUUGUAUUCUCAGAGACCCCGGAUUGCUGGAUCAUGAAGGAUAAUUCUGUCACAAGGCUGACGGCGGAGCACUGGGUGGCCAUGAUGCUGGCUGUUGAGUCAGCAACUGCCAGUUUGACCACUGACUCCAGCUUUCCCCUGUGCGCCCCAGUUCCAACAGCACUGGGAAGUCCAUCAUCUCCCAUGAAAGUCCUAGAAUUUAAGAGACCUCUACAACAACGUCUGUUUCCAGUGACACGGGAAGAGAUACAGUUUAAACCAGAAUCCCUCUGUAAGAAGCUCUUCUCAGAUCAUAAAGGACUCAAGGAAUUAAUGAAGACACAGAUAUAUCCUUGUUCUCAAGGGAUUGUGGUAUUUUCUAGAAGCUGGGCUAGUGAUGUUGGCCUAAGGAAGGAGCAGGAUGUCCUGUGUGAUGCUCUCCUAAUAGCAGUGAACAGUUCACUGAUACUCUAUACGAUCGUAAUAAAUCCUGGUUGGAAUGGAGGGCUUGAGUAUGUCCGAAAUACUGCUCAUCAGUUAAAGCAGAAACUAGGAACUGUUGGUGGUUACACAGGGAAAGUGUGUGUUAUCCCGAGGCUGCUGUACCUGUCCAGCACACAGCAUGGCCCUGAUGAAAUCCCCGUGCACUAUCCCACAUCCUACAGGCUUGCCACCAAGGAUGACAUGGAAGACUUGUUGCAGGCCCUUAUCGUAGUCUCACUGUGUUCUAGAUCCCUUCUGAGUGACCAGCUGGGCUGUGAAUUUUUCAGCUUGCUCAUAGAGGAGCAGUGUGAGUGGCUUUCAGAAAGCCUUCAGGAGACACGAGAAUUGUUCAUCCACUGCUUUCCAGGAACCAGGAAGACAGCCCUGGCCAUAAAGAUCGUGGAGAAAAUUAAGGAUUUGUUCCAGUGCAAACCUAAAGAGAUCCUUUAUGUUUGCGAAAGUGACUCCUUAAAGGAUUAUGUGAUCCAACAAACCACCUGCCACGCUGUGACCCGGAAGACCUUCUUACAGGGGGAGUUCCUAAAGAUUAAACACAUAGUGAUGGAUGAGACUGAGAAUUUCUGCAGCAAAUAUGGAGACUGGUACCUGAAGGCCAGGAGCAUCACCCAUCCAAAGGUGAGGGGAGCUGGAAGUGAAAACCUUCAUCGUGGAAUUCUCUGGAUUUUUCUGGACCCUUUCCAAGUCCGUCAUGCGGAUAUUAAUGGCCUUCCCCCUCCAUCUGCUCAGUUUCCUCGAAAAACAAUCACCAACGGGAUCCACUGUGCUCUCGAAAUAGCAAUGGUCAUGAAGGAAGAAAUGAAGAGAAUCGAAGCCAAUCCGCCCUCCGGCAUGUCCCCAGACACACUGUCAUUGUUCAGGGAAGCUGCCUACGAGGAAGCAGCACGUGCCCAGGCUCUGCCUGGGGUGUGUGAGACAGAGGCUAAUCUGACUAUGGAACAGAUUGUGAAGCGGGUGGCAGAAAGGUGUCACGACCUGUUCCAGUGUGGCUAUCGGCACAAAGACAUUGCGAUUCUGUGCAGGAAAGGGGAGGACAGAGGACGCUACGAGCCCGCACUGCUGAAAGCAAUGGAAUUAUUUGAAACCUGUGGAGCAACCAAGGUUGUGUUCAGCCAGGCCUCCGGGGUUUGGGGCGGUCACAUCAUUUUAGACAGCAUUCAGCAGUUUUCAGGCCUGGAGAGGAAUAUUGUAUUUGGGCUUAGUCCAGAAUGCGCCCUGUCCGAAGAAGCUCAUAAGCUCUACUUUGCUUCACGAGCCAUUAAACACCUCUAUCUGUUCUAUGAAAAGAGGGCCGCUUUCUGAAAAUUAUUUUCACAAUACAGGCAGCCAGAAAGAGGAGAGUCCCUUCUCCCAGGCAGGUGGCAACAAAUCCUUCUCACGUAUUAUCAGUGAGGAGAUUGAGGCACAGUAAAUAUGGCAUGGAGCCACAGAAAUAUCUCUAGGGAUUGACCCUUCCCCUCCAUGUGCUGUCAUUGUCCUCUUCCCCGUCCACAUCACCUCCUGCCUGUACAGUCAUAGAAGACUGUUGAUUGGUCCCUUGCCUCUGGUUUUCCUAGUCUGGUCCAUCUUUCAGGGACCAGAGGUUGUCCUAAAUAGAGAACAGAGUGUGUGACAUCCCCUGCCAAUGUAUCUGCAGUGAGUCCCUGAAGUCUUUAAGCCAAACCAAUUUCCAGGUCUUUCCAUGCUGUACCCUGACUUACUCUCCUAAUGUAGCCUUUGUUCUAUGUCCUCUCCCAAUAUGUCUAAGGCACCCCAGCCUCGCUGGCCUAUGCUGGGAGUGGGAGGUAGGAUGCCCUCUAGGCUCCUAACUUUGACUGGGUCUCUCAAGGGCAACACCUUGGUCAGACCUCCUACUGGCUAUGGGUCUCAAGCUUUAUGCGUCCAGAACUUGAUUUCCUCUUUUCGCUAAGUAGGGAUUAGUCUCUUGGG